GAAUUUGUGUGUGGUGUGUUCUGGAGUUUGGGAAUGUGUUUUGUGUUAUUCUGUCUGAGCAGGUAUUUGUGAGGAUAGAUCUUGAGAAGAUCUUUCCGACGCAACGAGAAUCGCUUCAAUCGGAGCAAGAACGCGAAAGCUAUGAAGAUUCAAAGUUCAUGAGCUUGCGUUACAAUUGCGGCGGUUACAAAGUGAAGUUGUGGGGUGACUUUAUAUGGAGUUGGGACCUUUGGGGUUGGGGAAACUUGUCACUCUACUGUAACAGCUGCAAAUAGGUUGGGAACAACCAAGCUAGGUUGGCAAGGGUGGCCAACUUGGAUGGAUUGGUUGGGAAGGGACAAAGGUCAAAGUUGAGGUUCCUAUAGGGAGGGAAUCUUUGUGCUUAUGGGGUUUCCUUGGUUGGGGACUCUCUUGGGACCUUCCCUCUCAUCCCUCUCUUCCUAUCCCAACCUUUCUCUUGCUCCUUCUUAUUCCUUGUGAGAUUCUUGAACUUUGAUUGAACUUUUGAGAUUGAGUUAAGUUCUCCUCCUACAGCUUACCCCCUAAUGCGUCGAAAGCCAUAGCGUCGCGAAUACUUCAUCAAUCAACAUGAUUCAAAUUGGGAACGGUAGCUGAGAUUAAGAGCUACAACAUAUCCAAGUUUCGCGACAUUCCAACGGCUAGUUUUCUGUCGACGUCGUUUCUUGUGAAGACGACUUUUCUGUCCAGAAUUUCGGAUUUAUAUUUUGAGUAAUUCUAGCUCCUAAGUUCACCUAGACUCCGUCCUUAAUCCUAACAAGUGGUAUCAGAGCUGUAUUAAGGACGUUGAGAGGAGUCUACAGAAGUGUGAAGACCCUUCUGGACCCACCAUGGCCUGUGGGUGUGCCUAAGUGGUGUUCUAAAGGUUGGAUGUGUCUUCCGCUAAGGGGAAACUCUGCCGAAAUUUCGUGGACGCCGACACUUGUGAAAAUAUCGAGGGAGCUGAGUGUGGACAGCAAAGGGGAGCUGAAAUUCGUCAUUUCUCAAGGAGAAGAUGAAUGAGAGAGGAGGAGAUGCUAAUGGAAGAGGAGCUGUAGCUGAGAAGACAAGUGAGCCGCCGCCAUCAAAAAGUUGAAGCUUUGGAUGGCUCCAACUAUGAGGAAUGGAGCGGACGGAUGAGGAGUGCCUUCAAACGCUACAAGCUCCUGAAGAUUGCUGUUGGGGAAGAGAAGAUGCCGGAAGAAGGCGAAGCACGUGAACGGUGGAUUGAGAAAAGCGCGGUGCUUUUCGACCUCAUUCUUCAAUCGGUCAACAAGGAGAUGUUCGAGCACAUCAAGGAUCUUGUGGAAGCGGAUGAUUCGGGUCCAAGGGCGUGGAAACUACUACGUGAUGUGGUUCAGCCCAACACUCUCCCGAUGGUGAUCGUGCUCGAGAAGGAACUUGCUGCCAUCUCCAUGCGACCAGGGGAUGAUGUGAAGCCGGUCCUUGACAAGAUCAAGGACACCUAUGCAAGGAUGGCAGCAGCGGGCAGCAGUGUAUCUCAGCUGCAGCAGUGCACCAAGAUCAUCUCGGUGUUGGACAACUCUUGGGACAACCUCAUCCCCACCCUCAACUCUCAGCAAGAUCAAUGGACACCUGAGUGGCUAAGGCAGCAGAUUCUGCAGGAGGACUUCCGCAGACGCCAUGUGGGAGGCGGUGCUGCCACUAAGACUGCUGAGGGGUAUGGAGCUGCAGGGCGCGGCAAAGGAAGAGGGGGUUGGAGAGGCCGAGGCCGUGGGAGGAGCUUUGGCAGAGGUAGAGGCCGAGGUGACUAUAAUGAGGGGCAUGGAAGCUCCAGUGGCAGGGGGAGUACCAGAAUGGAGGGCACCUGCUGGUACUGCAAGAAGAUAGGGCAUCCUUGGUUCAAGUGCUUCAGCAGGCCGGAGGGAUGGGCACCUCCAGGCAUGAAGCCGCCCAGUGGUGAACGCGCACAAGGUGGCGCUGUGCAAGGCUCAGGUGCACAAGGUGAAGGUGCACAAGGUAACGCCUAUCCUGGGAUGUAUCUCAUGGUUGAGGAUGUGCAUGGGCAUGAGGGUGAUGUGGGAUCUGUCGGAAAGGUUGUGAUGCACCCUCUCACGCACUGGGUGAUUGAUUCGGGUUGCACCAGUCACAUGACUCCACGGGCAGAUUUGCUUGAUGAGGUAAAACCCCCUGGGAAGAUCAAGUAUGUGGCAGCAGCGUCAGGUGCUUUGCUCCCUGUGAUUGGUGUUGGGAAUGCCAAGGUUAAGGGAGCUAAUGGGGAGCUUGUGGGGCUUGGGAAUGUUCUGCUGGUUGAAGGUUUGUCUGCUAACCUUCUCUCUGUGCGACGACUGCAGAAGAGCAAGGCCGAAGUGACCUUUGGACCAACCAGCUGCCGUGCUAAGCUUGGGAAGAAGGUGCUGUGGAGUCUGGAAGAGGAGACCAGCUGCAUCAAGGACCUGUGGCAGCUGCCCAUCAUCCCUUGGAAUGGGAAGACUCCAACAGCAGCAACGGCAGCAGCGGCAAAGGCAACAGCAGGAGGAGAUGCAACUGCACCAACUGAUGGGGUCCUGGAAGCAGUCAAGAAAGUGCAGAAGCAGCAGACACAUGGUGAGGUGCUUGCUGGUGUGGAUGCGAGUGCGGCAUGGGCUAAGGCUUCAUCAAGGAGUGGUGAGGCCGAUUGGGAGACAUGGCAUGAGAGGCUGUGUCAUGUGAACUUUCCUAUGCUGCAGAAGUUGGUAAAGGAUGGGAGCCUGAAAGGCUUGGAGGUGAAAGGGGGAGUGAAGGAGAUUGGGAGCUGCCCUACAUGCUUGGAGACCAAGUUCUCCAAGUUCCCCUUCAACAGCACUACAGGACCAGCCAAGACCCCACUUGCACUUGUGCACAUGGAUGUGGUGGGGCCCACAAGAGCCCCUUCCCUCUCAGGCAGCCGCUAUUUCUUGACAAUUGUGGAUGACCACACUCGGGCAGUGUGGGUUUACCCUUUGAAGAGCAAGGGGGAGGUGGCAGCGGCUGUCCUUAAGGAGUGGAUGCCUAGAGCUCAGAGGGAAUGCGGACACAAGGUGAAGGUGAUCCGUAGUGACAAUGGUGGGGAGUUCAUUGGAGCUGAUUUUGAGGGGGAGUUGAAGAGGAAGGGGAUCCAGCAUCAACUGACAGUGCCCUACAACCCGCAGCAGAAUGGCGUGGCUGAGAGGUUCAACAGGACCCUGCAGGAGGGGGCACGCACUCUCCUUGGGCGUGCAGGGCUGCCUGAUCCGUUUUGGGUGUCUGCACUGAGGCAGGUCGCCCUUGUGAAGAACAGGGUGCUGGCUACAGUUGGGGAUAAGGAGUGGAUCCCAUAUACCAAGUGGUAUGGGAGUGCUCCAGCUGUGAACAUGCUGAGGGCAUUUGGGUGCAUGGUGGUGUUUCAUGUGCCUAAGGAGAAAAGGGGGAAGUUGGAGGCUUCUGGAAGAUGGGGUGUGCACUUGGGGAUUGCAAAGGAUCACAAGGGGUGGCUGCUAUGGGACUUGACCACCCAGAAGCUGACAGUGUCAAGGGAUGUGAAGUUUCUUGAGUCCCUGUACUACAAGGAAUGGAAGCAGCAGCAACAGAAGCUUCCAUCUACACCGCUCAUUGUGGAGGCAGAUGAGGUGCAGCGGCCUCCAAGACAGGUGGAGGUUGCAGUGUCUGAAGAGGAGAUGUCUGGGGUGACUGAGGAAGGGGGAGCAGCUGAAGUAGAGCAGCAGCAGCAGCAUGAGUCUCCACUUCGAGUUCCACACCCGCCUGAGCGACCUAGGAGGGAUGUGCGCCCUCCGGUGAGGCUAACCUAUGGGGGAAGAGGCAAGCCGAAUGUGGUGCAGGCUGGGAGUGUGGUUGAGCAGAUUGAGGAAGAUGAGAUUGCAUUAUGCUAUUGGGCUGCAAUUCCUCAGCCCAAGGUACUGACGCUAGCUUCAACUCAGUGAAAGCGGAUGGCACCAGCAUUGGGGGUUAUGUGUGCUUGCUAGGAGGUGGUGCUGUGAGCUGGCGCAGCAAGAAGCAGAAUGAGGUGGGAUUCUCCUCAUGUGAGACUGAGUACAUGGCCUUACACCAUGAGGCCAAGGAAGUAGUGUGGCUAAGGCGUUUGUUGGAGGAGUUGGGAGUUGGUCAGGAGGAGCCGACAGUUGUGUUUUGUGACAAUGAGUCCGCUGUGAAGCUCGCCAAGAAUGCUUGUCUGCAUGGGCUGACAAAACACAUAAGGCCUAAGUGGCACUGGGUGAGGAGACUCCUUGAUAAGGAGGUGCGGCUGGAGAUAGUGAAGACCCAUCAGCAGGCAGCAGAUAUUUUCACCAAGCUUCUGGCGGAGGCGGAUCAUUGGAAGGGCAUGAAGCUUGCUGGGAUGAGUGUGCAUUGAGUAUGCAUGCUUGAGAUGUUGGUAUGGUGGAUGAUGGUUGGCAGCCAGAGGGGGAGAUUGUUGUGUGAUGUCAUCAUAUGCUAUCACAUUCUGUCUGCCUCCCAUCUCUUGUUUCAAUUCGUAUGUAUGGUUUGACUGUGUGUGAAAGAAUUUGUGUGUGGUGUGUUCUGGAGUUUGGGAAUGUGUUUUGUGUUAUUCUGUCUGAGCAGGUAUUUGUGAGGAUAGAUCUUGAGAAGAUCUUUCCGACGCAACGAGAAUCGCUUCAAUCGGAGCAAGAACGCGAAAGCUAUGAAGAUUCAAAGUUCAUGAGCUUGCGUUACAAUUGCGGCGGUUACAAAGUGAAGUUGUGGGGUGACUUUAUAUGGAGUUGGGACCUUUGGGGUUGGGGAAACUUGUCACUCUACUGUAACAGCUGCAAAUAGGUUGGGAACAACCAAGCUAGGUUGGCAAGGGUGGCCAACUUGGAUGGAUUGGUUGGGAAGGGACAAAGGUCAAAGUUGAGGUUCCUAUAGGGAGGGAAUCUUUGUGCUUAUGGGGUUUCCUUGGUUGGGGACUCUCUUGGGACCUUCCCUCUCAUCCCUCUCUUCCUAUCCCAACCUUUCUCUUGCUCCUUCUUAUUCCUUGUGAGAUUCUUGAACUUUGAUUGAACUUUUGAGAUUGAGUUAAGUUCUCCUCCUACAGCUUACCCCCUAAUGCGUCGAAAGCCAUAGCGUCGCGAAUACUUCAUCAAUCAACAUGAUUCAAAUUGGGAACGGUAGCUGAGAUUAAGAGCUACAACAUAUCCAAGUUUCGCGACAUUCCAACGGCUAGUUUUCUGUCGACGUCGUUUCUUGUGAAGACGACUUUUCUGUCCAGAAUUUCGGAUUUAUAUUUUGAGUAAUUCUAGCUCCUAAGUUCACCUAGACUCCGUCCUUA